AUGGGCUCUUUUUUGUCUCGAGAUGAAUUCCCUGUUGGAGGUAGAACAAUCUUAAUUACAGGUGGUUCCAGAGGUCUCGGCUUAGCAGCAGCGCGCCAACUCUCUUCCAAAGGCGCGAACGUCGCUAUAGUCGCCCGUGACACAAACGUCUUGAAGCAAGCCCUCACUGAAGUUGAAGCAUCUGCCCAAUCUUCAUCUCAGCGCUUCUUCUCACUCGCAGCCGACGUCACCAAAGCUUCAGAAUGCUCUCGUGUGAUUGCAGCAGUCACCGCCUGGAACGAUGACAGCCCGCCGGAUAUCGUCUGGUGUUGCAGUGGAAGCGCGCAUCCGACGUUGUUCGUUGAUACACCGGUUGAGCAGCUUCAGACUAUGAUGGACAGUAAUUAUUUCUCGAGUGCGUACAUGGCUCAUGCUACGCUCAAUGCGUGGCUGAAGCCUGUUAUCGACGGUACUACGAAGAAGACCAUAGAAGCCAAGACACCGGCGUCUCGCCACAUUAUCUUUACGGGCUCUUUUGUGUCGUUGUACAGCUUUGCAGGUUUCACGCCUUACUCGCCCUCCAAAGCUGCCAUCAGAUCACUAUCAGACUCUCUUUCACAGGAGAUGAACUUAUACGCAGGAGCUCAUCCCAAUGAGCCUCGCGUGCGCAUCCACACUGUCUUCCCGGCUACAAUGCCAACCAAGUCACUGGACGAUGAGAACAAGGUCAAGACGGAUGUUACAAAAGCGCUUGAGGAGGGUGACCAGAUCCUCACACCGGAUGAAUGUGCUCGUCGUGCAAUUGCGGGAUUGGAGAGGGGAGAGGAGCUUAUUGCAACGAGUACUAUUAUUAGACUCGUCAUGACUACUGUCAUGGGCGGUGCUAUACGUGGUGGAUUUUGGACUGGCUUGGCAAAUACAUUGCUGAGUUGGGUUGUGAUGAUCGUCAUGGUGUUUAUUCGGUGGGAUAUGGAUGCCAAGGUUAGGAAUUGGGGGAAGAAGCAUGGGUCGACUGGUAUGGCAUCCAAGGAUAAGCAAGGAAAAGAUUAA